UCCGUACUGGCAUAACCCCGUCCAUCUCUCCCACACCAUGGCGACGGCAGCCACUCCCACCACGACGUUCCCUCCGACCAGGACUCCACUUAACCGGAACCGGCCGUUUUCUCAGUUAUCCCGCCUCCGGUGCUCCGCCGGUGCUAAAUCCCUGAUUUUGACCGCCUCCACAGCCUCCAACCCCACCGACUCCUCCCCGGUGUUCCGAUCUCUCACGGCCUUCGCUCCCGCCACUGUAGCCAACCUCGGCCCCGGUUUUGACUUCCUCGGCUGCGCCGUCGGCGGUGGCCUCGGCGACACCGUCACCGUCUCCGUCGACCCCGCAGUCGUGCCCGGUACUCUCUCGAUCGCCGAGAUCUGUGGAUCCUCUUGUGCCUCCAAGCUUGGGCGUGACCCGCUAUGGAACUGCGCUGGCAUAGCCGGUAUAGCCGCGAUGCGCAUGCUCGGAGUCCGCUCCGUCGGCCUCUCCCUGUCUCUUCACAAAGGCCUCCCGCUCGGUAGCGGCCUCGGCUCCAGCGCUGCUUCCGCCGCCGCCGCGGCGCUCGCCGUCAGCGAACUCUUCGGCGGCUGCCUGACCCCUGACGAGCUCGUUCUCGCCGGGCUCGAGUCGGAGAAGAAGGUAAGUGGCUACCACGCUGACAACGUGGGGCCUUCGAUCUUGGGAGGCUUCGUCUUGAUCCGGAGCUACGAACCGUUUGAGAUCAUCCAGCUGGAAUUCCCACAUGACCGGGAUCUCUUCUUCGUGCUGGUGAGCCCCGAUUUCGAGGCGCCCACCAAGAAGAUGAGGGAAGCAUUGCCGGCAAACAUCCCAUUGAAGGACCAUAUUUGGAACUCGAGCCAAGCCGCAGCCUUGGUGGCCGCUGUGGUGCAAGGCAAUGUGAGGGUUCUCGGAUCUGCAAUGGCAGCAGAUGCAAUCGUCGAGCCAAGGAGAGCACCUCUAAUUCCGGGGAUGGUGGGUGUGAAGAAGGCAGCAAUGGAGGCAGGUGCCUUUGGUUGCACCAUCAGCGGCUCCGGGCCGACUGCUGUAGCAGUCAUCGACGAGGAGGAGAAAGGAAACCAGAUUGCGUCGAGGAUGGUGGAGGCUUUCACCAAGGAGGGUAAUCUCCAAUCCAUUGCAACUGUGGCCAAGCUUGAUAGAGUUGGGGCAAGGGUCAUUAGAACAGAAGCAGCCUAAAACAAACAGAAUGUUCAGGGUUGGCCGCUGCUUAACGGGGAGGUUUGAGCACACAGGAGAUGAGUUCCAAGCAACAAAGAAGUGCCAAUCCUUUGAUUCUUACCAGCAAAGAUCAGCUGUAGUUGUAACAGGAUAUUGUAGACCUGGGAAGAUCUCAACCAGAAGAAAUUAAGGCCAUUGCCUAAUGCAGCCAGUAGUUUGGAGCCAGGGGUUCCUGUCGCGGAUAAGAACGCGGUGACCGAAAUGAAGGAGCAGGACAAAGCUGUUGGAUUCACAUUUUCAAGGAGAUAUCAGGAUAUUGCGGAAGUAAUUCAUGAGAUAAAGAACUAGUUUGAUGGGGCAUCUGCUUCAGCCGAUCAUGUGGCCAAACUGCUUGAAGUGGGAAAAUUUUUCUAUCACCACAAAAUUCUGCAUAUAAAGUUUUUGCAAGGAUGAUUUGUGGCUUGUCUCCUCUUUUAACCUCAAAAUUGAUGAUCUUUUGGUGUUUGAGGAAGAUGAGGUAAUUGGCACUGGAUAUCUUUCAUCAACUCUACAGAAGAUUUACAAUUGGGAAUUAAAACUCCUUGAGGAAGUCAUGGUCGAGGAAAAGAUGAGGGUUUUAUACAAUAGAAUGUGAGCAGCAGCUGAAUCGACAAAGUAAAAUGUGUGCAGAGUCUGAAAAGCUGGAGUCAGUUGAAGUGUUCAUCAGAAAGCUAUCUGUGAGGAUACAAAUAGCCAUACAGAUAGUAGGUUCAAUUUCAUGAAAAAUCAAUCAAGUCUGGGAUGAAGAGUUGUAUCCGCAAGUUAUUGAACUUAUCCAUGGAUUUAGAACGUGGACAGUUUUGUCAAAAUGCCAUCAUAUUCAAUGUCAAGCAAUAUCGGAAGCUAAAAAUCUAGAUUCUAAUAUCGACAGAGUAAAACUGAAUGACCAUAUGGAUGAAAUAAAGCGACUGGAGAUGGCCAUAGUUGAUUUGGUUGUUCAUUUUUCAGGUUGGUUCACUGCUCAAAGGAGCUACCUCAAAUCCUUGAACGAUUGGCUUAUGAAAGGUGUUUGUUCUAUACCUGAAGAAACAGACGAUGGCAUUGCUCCUUUUUCACCUAGGAAAUUAGGU